CUUUCAGUCGAUUCUUUUCCCCCAAAAAGAACCCGUCCUCUAUUCUUUGCCUUCCAAUUUCCCUAUCUAAACCAUUUUCUCCAACCCCAAAAUUUCUAUUUUCCCAAAGCUCCCAAAAAAAGAACCAAUCUUGAAUCUCAGGAGCUUUGGGAGGCUUUAUGUUUUUUAUUUUAUUUUUUAAAUUUAAAUUUGUAACUAAUUUCCCUAUCUAAACAAUACCCUUUACCCCCAAUCCCAUUUUCUCCAACCCCAAAACUUUAUUUUUCCAAAGCUCCCAAAAAAAUUCAUUUUUUGGUACAAUUUAUUAUUAAAUAAAGAACCAAUCUUGAAUAUCUGGAGCUUUGGGGGGUUUUAUGUUUUUUUUUUUUUUUUUCUGUUUAUAUUUGUAAGUAAUUUCUGUACAGAUUGGCCUGGUGGAAAAUGUGUUGGAACAUUUUUUCACUUGUUUAGGGUCUUUGUAUUUUUUUUUUUUUUAGGUUUAUUUGUGAAUAUUAUAGGGUUUGGAAAAAAUGUCUGCUGGUGUGGUUGCAAUUAGUCCAGUUUGUUUAGACAAGGUUGUAAUUCCAUCUGUACAUAGCCAAGAAUCGAUUUUGAUUUACGUAGCUAUGUCGGGUUCAAUGAUGCCAUUAAGUGUUUUAGAGUAUGAUUCAAUUGAAUUUGUAAAACUGCAGAUUCAAAGUUGUAAAGGGUUUGUAGUGAAAAAUCAAAAAUUGGUAUGUCGGGGCCGCGAAUUGUCGCGAAAAAAUUCACUCAUUAGGGAUUAUGGAGUUUCUGAUGGGAAUGUUGUUCAUUUAGUCCUUAGGCUAUCUGAUCUUCAAGUUAUCAAUGUGACAACUUGUUCAGGCGAAGAGUUUACGUUUAAUGUAGAGAGGAGUCGGGAUGUUGGAUACGUUAAGCGUCAACUUGCUGAAAAAAAGGAUAGUUUACGUGAUGUUGAUGAACAGGAAGUGUUGUGUAAAGGUGAACGUCUUGAAGAUCGAAGAAUCAUACACGAUCUUUGCAAGAAUAAUGAUGCGGUGAUUCAUUUGUUUGUGCGUAAAAAUGCAAAAAUUAGGGCUAGACCGUUGGACAAGAAUUUUGAAUUGUCCAUUGUGGCACCACACCGGAAUGAUGAUGUGGUUAGAGAAAACAGGAGCGGGAACGAAACAGAUCAUAAAGUUUUGGUCCCGAGGGAGCCUCCUGAUAGGGAAAUAUUUUUGGAACCGGUUAUUGUUAACCCAAGGAUUGAAAUUCCUGAGGUACUUAGGGAUUUGAUUGUUUCUACAUUUGAAGGCUUAGAUAGAGGAAAUUAUCCUAUUAGAUCUUCUGAAGGGACAGGAGGAGCGUAUUUUAUGCGUGAUGCAUCAGGGAAUAAGUUUGUUUCUGUGUUUAAGCCGAUUGAUGAGGAGCCUAUGGCUGUGAAUAACCCCCAAGGGCUGCCUCUGUCGGUUAAUGGCGAGGGUUUGAAGAAAGGAACAAGAGUCGGAGAAGGUGGGCUCCGGGAAUGUGCUGCCUAUAUUUUGGAUCAUCCAAAGAGUGGACGCCACUCACUUGCUGGUGAGACAAGCGGCUUUGCUGGUGUACCUCCAACUGCUUUUGUGAGGUGCCUUCAUAAGGGUUUCAACCAUCCUGAUGGUGUUAAAGUUAAGCUGGGAUCAUUGCAGAAAUUCAUGGAGAACAAUGGCAGUUGCGAGGAUUUAGGUCCUAAUGCUUUCCCCGUGGAAGAGGUGCAUAAAAUUGCGGUAUUAGAUAUGAGGCUGGCAAAUGCAGAUAGGCAUGCCGGUAAUAUAUUAAUGAGCAAAGGUGAAAAUGGCCAGAUUGUGCUCAUUCCAAUUGAUCAUGGUUAUUGCUUGCCCGAUAGUUUUGAAGACGUCACAUUUGACUGGCUCUACUGGCCACAAGCUCGUCAACCUUUUAGCUCCGAGACGAUCGAGUACAUUAAAUCACUUGACGCUGAGGAAGACAUAGGCUUACUGGAGUUCUAUGGGUGGGACAUAUCUUUGGAAACUGCUCGCACACUCCGCAUCUCCACCAUGCUUUUGAAGAAAGGUGUACAUAGGGGUCUCACGCCAUUUACCAUAGGUAGCAUCAUGUGCAGAGAAAACUUGAAUAAAGAAUCCGUGAUCGAGAAGAUUUUCCAAGAAGCUUUGGACUCUAUGCUCCCCGGCUCAAGUGAAGAUUCAUUCCUUGAAUCCGUCUCCCAUGUAAUGGACCGCUGUCUUGAUGAGAUUGCCUAACGGUGUUUCACUCAAGAUUAGACACUCAAGAGACCAAUCUGAUUAUUGCUUAUCAAAAGCCAAAAAAAAAAAAAAAAAAAAAAAACCAAACAA